GAUAAUAUUGUAUAAUUCAAUCAAAAUUCGAUCAAAACAUACACGCCUAUAAUUUAUCAACAAACUGAGAAUAUUGGUUUUGAUGAUUAUAAGGUAUUCAAUUUAAAUUAACAAACAAAAUUUUCGUGCCUAUCUUUUCUGCGGAUGUAAUGCUGAAGCGAUGUCGUUUAAGGCAACUAAGCUGUAAAUGUCUGUUGCUAAUCCUUCAAGAAGCUACUGGACACUCAAAUGCUUCCACUGCUUCAGUUUAGAAAAAAUGGAUAAAACACCCAAUGCGUGACUUUUCGCUUCCUUUGUUUUUAUCUCUUCAAAUUUUGAUCGAAAAUUAUUGUUACACUAACGAUCUCCAUGCCGAUCUCUUCAAUUUCUCUCUUCCGUCACCGAGCAACCGCCGUUAACAACUUCAUCCGCCAUGUAUCAGCUAUCCACCACCGUCAAGCCCCGAUCGUCACCGCCGCAGCUAAGCACCAGCAACAAAAACCUAAAAACUAUGUUAGCAAGAAUCUACUCAGAGCCAAACAACACACUGUGAAAGAAUUCUCCUCUCUCGCUCCAGUUCUCUCACCACAGGACAAACAGAACCUGACCGAGUCCCAAGCAAUAGGUACUGUAGCCGCCGCCCAAGCGAAUUUCAUGCGCGUGAUCGUCCAACCAGAACCUUCUAGAACCUCCGAUUCGUCUUCCAACAUCACUAGUGGAGUGGAGCUGCUGUGUGUGGUGAAAGCCGUGCUGAAGAAGAUAAAACGGAGAGUUUUGGUCGGGGACAAGGUGGUGGUGGGGUCCAUUGAUUGGGUGGACCGCAGAGGCAUGAUUGAGAAUGUGUUUCAACGGAGUACGGAGAUUCUGGACCCUCCCGUGGCGAAUGUGGACCAUUUGCUCGUGCUUUUCUCACUAGACCAGCCCAAGCCAGAGCCAUUUACGCUCACAAGGUUCUUGGUUGAGGCUGAGUCGACAGGAAUUCCACUCACCCUAGCAUUGAACAAAGUAGAGCUUGUUGAUAAGGAGACACUGGUUGGAUGGAACACUAGGCUGCAUGGUUGGGGCUACGAACCGCUGCUUUGCAGUGUCGAAUCAAAAUACGGACUUGACUCUCUUGCAUCAAGCUUGAAAAAUCAAACAACUGUAAUUGUGGGUCCAAGUGGAGUUGGGAAGUCUAGUCUUAUUAAUGCUUUGAGAAGCAAUCCUAGUGCUGCUGAUGCUGCUGAAGGGGAUAAUUGGUUUGAACCAAUUUUGGGAAGCAAAUGGUUAGAGGAUCAGCGUGUUGGGGAAGUUUCAACCAGAAGUGGCAGGGGAAAGCAUACCACGCGCCAUGUUUCUUUGCUUCCAUUAUCUGGAGGAGGUUAUCUAGCUGAUACUCCUGGGUUUAAUCAGCCUAGUUUACUGAAAGUAACUAAGCAAUCUCUUGCACAAGCUUUCCCUGAGAUUCGGAAAAGGUUGAAAGCCAAUGAGCCCUUGAAAUGUACAUUCAAUGAUUGCGUGCAUAUUGGUGAACCAGGGUGCGUUAUAAAAGGGGAUUGGGAAAGAUAUCAAUACUAUUUUCAACUUCUUGAUGAGAUCAGGAUGAGAGAGGUGUUUCAGUUGAGGACAUUUGGAACCAAAAGAGAGGGUGAUGUAAGGUACGUAAGAUUAGAUCUCUAG